AUGACGGGAAAAACACUGACGCCCAAGGGCAUAGGGGGGGAUGGAAGAGAGCCUGAUGCGGAGAACCGCGAAUUUCCCAUGUUUUGUCCACCAGAUAUUCAACCAAAUACCCGUAUCAUAGCGCUGUGCGGAGUCAACGAUUGGCGCAAUAAUGCCUCUCCCCAGGCAGAUGGGUGGUUUUUUUCUGACUUCUACUUAUUCCAUCACCUUCUGGCGGACAGUGACACAUUCCCUCCAUCUAACCAGCUAUGGCUGACCUGUGUCGACCCGAAAAUACUUGUUUCAAAAUAUAAAGAAUUUGUUCAUGGUAGUAGAAGUGGUGAGCGUCGAGUCGUCCUCGAUGAAACAUUCCUGGAUAGAAUCGAGGCCAGUCACAACAUCCGUGUCAUCCCCCCAAAGGAUUUACUGGAGCGAUUCCUGGCAACCCUGCGGUCGGAAACACAAAUUGCCGCGAGAGAAGAUCAACCUGUUCUAGUUUUCGUGUUCGGGCACGGCGAUGCAGACAACUUUGGGGUUUCAGUUGGUGGUGAAGACUGGGUGGUCCAAGCCCCAAAACUAACAAGGCAGAAGUUUGCCUCUGCAACCAGAAGAGGUGUCAAGCUAACACUAGUGAUGACAUCCUGUUACUCUGGCGGGUGGAUUCUCCAGCCUGUUGGGGCAUCAGUACUGGCGCCCGCCAAAAAGCUCAAUAUUUCGGGGAUGACUGCUGUCAAUGCCGAUGCAACCAGCAGGUCAUGGGCAUGCAGCCAGUCCUGCGGACGGGCGGGUGGUUCAAUAUAUGCCACUUCGGUUCUCAAUGCCCUGGUCAACAUGGCAAAAGUCAGCAGCCAAGAUCCCACCCAUACAGUCAUUUACGACGAGGAGGAGCUAAGUGCAUCACCGACGUAUAUUAACAUGUGUAGCUCCGUAUACGAAGCAUACAAAGACAAUGACCCCUUCUAUGGGAGUCAUGGGAUUUCCUUCUCCGCGCAAGAUGACAGAUGGAAUCUUGAAUGGAGGAAACGCUCUGGUUUUCCGCUCCUCGAUUAUCAAGCAAAAUGGGAAGAAUUACGUGAAGUUGGCCUGUCCCCAGUGCCCGCAGAUGAAACCCCCGACUUGACAGCUGCCUUAGGGUUUGCCGGUAGUAUUGGUCAAGGUUACUAUAAUGUUAUCCAGACCAAGGCUGCAGUCUACAUGAACUCAUUCCCCGGCCCAGACAAUAUUGGACCAAAUGUCGCACAUUGGGAUCUUAAACAACUGCUUCAAGGAAAACAAUAUGACAAGGAAAUUCUCGUUGAUCUCAACGACAUGCUUGAUUACCGACUGUCGACCAUCACACUAGCCUCACGAUAUGUGUUGUUUCUAGAUCUUCAGUUUCCUGAUGGUCUAGUAUUCGACACAGAGACUUGGCAAAAUAACCUAGCCUUAGAGGUAGCAAAAGAUAAUCACUGUGAAGAUGCUAAAUCCAAAAUAGAAAAGUUCACGGAUAUCCGCAGGUAUGUCAUGAAUGUAAAGGUAUUUGACAAGCCUCUGGUUUCUCAAGGCUUUUUUUAUACCAAGCCCCCCGAGUACCUUGCUAUCGCGCUUGUGGAGACAUCAUCAAGUGUGGAUGAAAUCCGUGUCAAAAUUGACAGUUUAGUGAGACUGAAGAAUGGAGCGCAACAAUUCCUCACGACAAUGCCACUUGCUGAGGCCAUGAUGAAAACUGAUAAUGUGAUACGACACCGUGACAGGUUCUUUGAAUCUGUUAGGAAGUUUGGUAGUCGCUUGAGAUCAUUAUCUCCUAGCAAGCGUCCUCGGAAGCCUUUGCCAUCUUAA